CUUACAUUAUCACCUUCAGUGUGUCCGGUUCUGACCUCCAGUGUCUCCACAGCUGCUGGUGUGCCACCAGCACCAAGACUGUCCUCUGCCACUAUUUGGGCUCAAUAUCACCAGUUGGCUACUGGUGACCAACUUGGUGGAAAUCAGAAUUCUAGAGAUAACUCUGGACAGAUCACUGCUACUGAGGACCUAAACACCUUGUUUUUUCCUCCUCAGGCUGACUCUGGUGGGCCGCUGGUCUGUGAGGAGUCUGGGCUCUGGUUUCAAGCUGGGGUGAGCAAUUUCAGAGGAGGUUGUGGGCACACCAAUCGGCCUGGCAUCUUCACCUUGGUCUCUGCGUACCAGAAUUGGAUUACCGAUAAGGUGGACAAGGCACCCUUUGUGAAUCAGACCAAUCCUCCGGGUCCCCAGGCCGAUGAGCCGACGUGCACCGAUCUCGUUGGGAAGGGAACCUGUGGCAUCAGGAUACCCAUGAAGUCGGUGGGCAGCUCUCUUUCUGAUCCAGGGGAGUGGCCUUGGCAGGUCGGACUGAUGAAGCGCCAGUUUAGCUCAGUCAGCUGUGGGGGCAUUUUGAUCUCUGAGUAUUGGGUGCUGACAUCUGCAGGCUGUUUCCAAGACUCCCUCCCAGUGAAUGCUUCCGCCUGGACUGUGGCUUUCGGACUCUGGUCAUUGCUUGGCCUUAACAUGGAUGGCAACCUGAGAGCUGUCAAAGAGGUCAUCAUCCAUGAGAACUUCACGGACCCCACCUUGGGCAGCGACCUUGCCCUCGUGCGCUUAGAGCAGCCUGCCUACUUCACCAAGUAUGUUGCACCUAUUUGCCUGCCAGAGGCUGGCCACAGGUUCCAGUUUGGGACGCGCUGUUAUGCCACAGGAUGGGGUGCCCCCCGGACCCUCACUACAUUUUCCGAGCCCCUGCUCACUCCAACCGUACUACGCCAGGCAGCUGUAGACCUGAUCAGCUCUGAACAGUGCGACUGCAUCAAUGGCCUGCCGGGGAGCGUCGAAACCAACCGGACUCGCGUCCUGCCUGGCAUGAUCUGUGGUGGGAUGAGUGGGGGAUCUGAAGGCAGCUGUGUGGGAGAUGCUGGGGGUCCGCUGGUCUGCAAUGAAAAUGACAUGUGGUUUCUGGCUGGGGUCUCCAGCUUCAAUGAUGCCUGCAUGAGUGCCAACAGACCCACUGUGUACACCGAAGUGACCGGGUUCUCUGACUGGAUCCGUUCCAGGACGUCAGGGGUUUACUUUUCCCCGCAGUCCAUCGAGCCCAAACCUGUGGAAAUGGCCAACUGCAGUGACUUGACCCACCCACCCAAGUCAGAGUGUGGCAGGUUGGGCCUUCCCACCCAGCGGAUUGUCGGAGGGUCUUCCAGUAUGUCUGGUAACUGGCCAUGGCAGGUCAGUCUGCGCUUGCAAGGGCAGCACUUCUGCGGUGGCUCCCUCAUUUCUGACCGCUGGGUCCUGACGGCGGCCCACUGCUUCAUCGGAGCCCCUGACUGGGAGAGCAUGAUGGUGAUGGCGGGAGGCUAUCGCCUGUCAUUCUUCAACGGUAACGAGGUGCUGAGGAAGAUCAAGCGGAUCGUCAUUCACGAGAGAUUUGACGUAGAGCUGCUAUUAAAUGACAUCACUCUUCUGGAGCUCGAGGCGCCUGUCCUCUUCACUCCCCACGUGCAGCCCAUCUGUCUGCCAUUCGAGUCCCACAAGUUUGCUGUUGGCACGUCUUGCAUCAUCACUGGCUGGGGUACCACCAAGGAAGGAGCACUGAGUCUUCCGGAUGACCUCCAGGUCGGCACCGUGAAGCUCCUGAGUCUGGCCGAGUGCAGCUGCCUGUACAGAAUUCCCAAGCUGACGAGCCCCCUGAUUUUCCAUCUGCGUGCUGGGAUGCUGUGUGCGGGAUACGCCAAAGGAGGAGUGGACUCCUGCCAGGGUGACUCUGGGGGUCCUCUGGUCUGUCAGGAGGAUGGCGUCUGGUUUCAGGCUGGCAUCACCAGUUUUGGCGAUGGCUGUGCGCAGGUGUACCGGCCAGGCAUCUACACGGACGUCCGGCUCUACAACAGCUGGAUUGCGAGGCACGUGCAGGGGGCCUACUUCACAGAGAAGACUUCCCACCCGCCCGAAAUGCCAGAUAACUACAUCUGCAACAACACCCAAGCCUGCUGGAAGCCGAAAGUCUCCUCCAUGAGGAUCGUCGGUGGUACGGCAGCUGAGGCGGGGGCCUGGCCGUGGCAGGUCAGUCUACGGGUCAACGGCAGCCAUGUGUGUGGAGGAUCGGUCAUCUCCAACUACUACGUGCUGACAGCAGCUCACUGCUGUGAUAUUUCACAGGAUCCCUCACACUGGAGGGCUUAUUUUGGGCAGUUGAGGCAGGAGCACAUCGAGCCCACCAUGUUCUACACGGACGUGGCCGAGAUCAGCCUUCACCCUCAAUACGACAGUAAGACCAUCGACAAUGACGUGUGCCUCCUGAAAAUGGCCACGGUGGUCGCAUUCACAGAGAACGUCAUGCCCAUCUGUCUACCUGAGUCUGCCGUCCACAUCCCCACUGGUACCAGCUGCUGGGCAACAGGCUGGGGAGCCGUCGCCGAUGGAGUGCCCUUGGGUGGCAUGAAGGUUCUACAGCAGGUGCAGCUGCCGGUUAUCGACUCCAAACGGUGUGACUGCUUGUACCACAAGAAGAGUCCCAUCGAUGCUACCGAAGAGAUCAUCACGAAGAACAUGCUGUGCGCCGGAUACCAGCGGGGAGGCAGAGACGCCUGCACGGGGGACUCUGGGGGUCCGCUCGCAUGCCAGAUGGACGGUGUCUGGAUCUUGGCUGGGGUAGUGAGUUGGGGAGAAGGCUGCGGCCUCCGCAACCGUCCGGGGGUCUAUGCGAAGGUCUCCGUGUACCAGGAGUGGAUCCAGAGCCAGACGUCUGAGGCCAGCUUUGUCCGCGUCGGGCAGUCGGCCGCCCAAGAAGAGGAGAUUGUGAACUGCAGCCAGAUGCAAGACUCGGCGGAGCGGACGGUGACAUCGUCUCUGGUGGUCACCGUCCUCGUACUGCUGCUAAAAUGCUGCUGCCUGUGAACCUUCAGGGUGGGCCGUGGUGCCAGGCUGUGCCUACUUUCAGCUUCUCAGACAGUGGCAUGGUGUGAUGUGCCCACCCAACGUCAUGAGUGUAGUCGGUCAGCAAUGCGAGGUGUAGCAAAUUUAUUAGAACUAAAAUUAUGGGAUGUGAAGCAGUGUGCAAACUUCCUCAUGGUAAUCAGGGACACGGAA